CUCCUCCCUCGGCGCCAUGGCUGCCCCGGUGCUGCGGCGCGGUGUGCUGUGGAGCGGGCGUGCGCUCGGCGCCGCGGCAGGUAGAAGAUCUCUUCUUUCUGCGGCCUAUGUGGACAGCUCAAAAUGGGAAAAGAGACAAAAAGAAGAGCAUAGCCUGGGUGAGAAAAGUUUGUUUCUUUUUCUUCACUUUGACUGAUUUAGCCCGCUUAAUGGACAAAACCUAUGAAAGAAAGCUGCCUGUCAGCUCUUUGACAAUAUCUCGGUUUGUUGACAACAUUUCUUCACGAGAGGAAGUGGAUCAAGCUGAAUAUUACCUUUACAAGUUUCGGCAUAGUCCAAAUUGCUGGUACUUGAGAGACUGGACCAUCCAUAGCUGGAUCAGACAGUGCUUAAAAUAUGAUGCACAAGACAAAGCAUUAUAUACAUUAAAAAACAAGAUUCAUUAUGGAAUUUUCCCAGAUAAUUUUACAUUCAAUAUUUUGUUGGAUUGUUUUAUAAAGCAAAAGAAAUAUGAAGAUGCUAUGUCAGUAGUAACAGAGAUUAUGCUGCAAGAAAAUUUUGAUGAAUUCUCAACACAGCUGAUUUCUCUCUAUGUUUUGUACCAGUACCUGGCAACGAAGUCUGAACAUACAUUGCAGUGGGAAGAGGAGAGAAAUCUUGGAGCAUCACUCCUGCUAACAGGUCUAAAGCAAACAAAUACUGUGGGCUUUAGCUCCCAGCUCUAUGGCUAUGCAUUCCUUGGAAAAGUGGAGUUGAAUAAAGGGCUAAGAGCUGUAUACAAUCUAAUGCCACUGAUCUGGACACCUGGAUACUUGAAUAGAGCCUUGCAAGUGAUGGAGAAUGUGGCAUCAUUGUCAGGGGACAACAAAAUCUGCAAAGAAGCUAUUGAUGCUCUGGAGACAAUUUUGCAGUCUGUCCUUGAAGCAAAACCUGGUCCAGAAUCAGCUGAUGAAGUCAAGGAAUUAGAGCAGAAGACACGACAUGCAGAUUCAGAAGAAACAGAACAAUCUAAAGCACCUGAAUACUACAGCCGAUUCAAGGAGCUGUACUCUAAGCUGCAUUCACUUGGCAAGGUUGAAUCUGAAAGCCUGUUAACGCUGACCACCCAACUUGUCAAGGAAAAGCUGCCAGCAUGUGAAGUGGAAGACAUUGCAAAACAUGAGCAGAAGGUAAAGGAGUGGGAGCAAGAACAAGCAGUUCUCAUUGAGAGAGAAAGAGAGUGGAGAGAAAAGGCUAAGCAGGAAAUGGAAGCUAGGAAGCUAGCUAAAGCAUCUGCUUAGCAGUGGAACUCAAAGAUUGCCAUAGUGGUAUGCAUUCCUCUCUCACCAUUAUUAAUAUUUCACUUCAGUCUGCUGCGAGUGUGACUGUAUGUGACUACUAUAUGCAAAUUAAACUUUUCCCAUUUUUCCUGUCUCCUAAAGUAAAGCUCAU